AAGAAGAGUCGUGAACUUCAAACCCCCCGAGACGGAUCAUUAAUCCUGCUUGCAGAGAAAGAAAACCCUCAGUCCCCCACGCCACCGGCCACGGCUCUCCGGAGACUCUGCACCCGCGGAGACGCUCAGAGCCGGAAGGGGACGCUUUGGGAAUGACCAUGCUCCACGGAGGGACGGAGCCGGCCCCCAGCUUCUCUACACUGAGCCUCCUCCACUAAAGCUCCAAAAAUCAAAAACCAUAAUUGCCUGAAGAAUCCUUAUAAUAUAUACAGUGCCAGCCACUAACCUCACAUGCAAACGGAAUAAUUACUCUGGAUUCUGCAUUGUGAGCUGCUCUCCAUACCCUGAAUUACCUUUGAAUUAAAUCCUUUUUUGUUUGAAUUUGCAUCUCUUCAAGACACAAGAUUAAAACAAAAUUUACGCUAAAUUGGAUUUUAAAUUACCUUCUGUUCAUUUAUCCUUCAUCUUUCUUAUGUGGAUAUGCAAGCGAGAAGAGGAGACUGGACAUUCCCAACAUGCUCACUCCCUUAAUCUGUCCGUCUAGAGGUUUGGCUUCUACAAACCAAGGGAGUCGACAAGUUAAAGAUGAAGCCCAGAGCAGAGUGCUGUUCUCCCAAGUUCUGGUUGGUGUUGGCCGUCCUGGUCGUGUCUGGCAGCAGAGCCCGUUCUCAGAAGAGCCCCCCGAGCAUUGGCAUUGCUGUCAUCCUCGUGGGCACUUCCGACGAGGUGGCCAUCAAGGAUGCCCACGAGAAAGAUGAUUUCCACCAUCUCUCUGUGGUGCCCCGAGUGGAACUGGUAGCCAUGAAUGAGACUGACCCAAAGAGUAUCAUCACCCGCAUCUGUGAUCUCAUGUCUGACCGGAAGAUCCAGGGUGUGGUGUUUGCUGAUGAUACAGACCAGGAAGCCAUCGCCCAGAUCCUCGAUUUCAUUUCGGCUCAGACUCUCACCCCCAUCCUGGGAAUCCAUGGGGGCUCCUCCAUGAUAAUGGCAGAUAAGGACGAAUCCUCUAUGUUCUUCCAGUUUGGUCCAUCAAUUGAACAGCAAGCUUCCGUAAUGCUCAACAUCAUGGAAGAAUACGACUGGUACAUCUUUUCUAUUGUCACCACCUACUUCCCUGGCUACCAGGACUUUGUAAACAAGAUCCGCAGCACCAUUGAGAAUAGCUUCGUGGGCUGGGAGCUGGAGGAAGUCCUCUUACUGGACAUGUCCCUGGAUGAUGGAGAUUCUAAGAUCCAGAACCAGCUUAAGAAACUUCAAAGCCCCAUUAUCCUUCUUUAUUGCACUAAGGAAGAAGCCACCUACAUCUUUGAAGUGGCUAACUCAGUAGGGCUGACGGGCUACGGCUACACAUGGAUUGUGCCUAGUCUGGUGGCAGGGGAUACGGAUACAGUGCCCUCAGAGUUCCCUACUGGCCUCAUCUCUGUAUCCUAUGAUGAAUGGGACUAUGGCCUCCCUGCCAGAGUGAGAGAUGGGAUUGCCAUCAUCACCACUGCUGCUUCCGACAUGCUGUCUGAACACAGCUUCAUUCCUGAACCCAAGAGCAGUUGUUACAACACCCACGAGAAGAGAAUCUACCAAUCCAAUAUGCUCAAUAGGUAUCUGAUCAAUGUCACUUUUGAGGGGAGAAAUUUGUCCUUCAGUGAAGAUGGCUACCAGAUGCAUCCGAAACUGGUGAUAAUUCUUCUGAACAAGGAGAGGAAGUGGGAGAGGGUGGGAAAGUGGAAAGACAAAUCCCUGCAGAUGAAAUACUAUGUGUGGCCCCGAAUGUGUCCUGAGACAGAGGAGCAGGAGGACGACCACCUGAGCAUCGUGACCCUGGAAGAAGCACCAUUUGUCAUUGUGGAAAGUGUGGACCCACUUAGCGGAACCUGCAUGAGGAACACAGUCCCCUGCCAAAAACGCAUCAUCUCUGAGAAUAAAACAGAUGAGGAACCAGGCUACAUUAAAAAAUGCUGCAAGGGGUUCUGUAUAGACAUCCUUAAGAAAAUUUCUAAAUCUGUGAAGUUCACCUAUGACCUUUACCUGGUGACCAAUGGCAAGCAUGGGAAGAAGAUCAAUGGAACGUGGAAUGGUAUGAUUGGAGAGGUGGUCAUGAAGAGGGCCUACAUGGCGGUGGGAUCUCUCACUAUCAAUGAGGAGCGCUCAGAGGUGGUGGACUUCUCUGUACCCUUCAUAGAGACUGGCAUCAGUGUCAUGGUAUCACGCAGCAAUGGGACUGUCUCACCUUCUGCCUUCUUAGAGCCAUUCAGUGCUGACGUAUGGGUCAUGAUGUUUGUGAUGCUGCUCAUCGUCUCAGCCGUGGCUGUCUUUGUCUUCGAAUACUUCAGCCCUGUGGGUUAUAACAGGUGCCUCGCUGAUGGCAGAGAGCCAGGCGGCCCAUCUUUCACCAUCGGCAAAGCUAUUUGGUUACUCUGGGGUCUGGUGUUUAACAACUCCGUACCUGUGCAGAACCCAAAGGGGACCACGUCCAAGAUCAUGGUGUCGGUGUGGGCCUUCUUUGCUGUCAUUUUCCUGGCCAGCUACACUGCCAACUUAGCUGCCUUCAUGAUCCAAGAAGAGUAUGUGGACCAGGUUUCUGGCCUGAGUGACAAAAAGUUCCAGAGACCUAAUGACUUCUCCCCACCUUUUCGCUUUGGGACUGUGCCCAAUGGUAGCACAGAGAGGAAUAUUCGCAAUAACUACGCAGAAAUGCAUGCCUACAUGGGAAAGUUCAACCAGAGGGGUGUAGAUGAUGCAUUGCUUUCCCUGAAAACAGGGAAACUGGAUGCCUUCAUCUACGAUGCAGCAGUACUGAACUAUAUGGCAGGCAGAGAUGAAGGCUGCAAGUUGGUGACCAUUGGUAGCGGCAAGGUCUUUGCUUCCACUGGUUAUGGCAUUGCCAUCCAAAAAGACUCUGGGUGGAAGCGCCAGGUGGACCUUGCUAUCCUGCAGCUGUUUGGAGAUGGGGAGAUGGAAGAACUGGAAGCUCUCUGGCUCACUGGUAUUUGCCACAAUGAAAAGAAUGAAGUCAUGAGUAGCCAGCUGGACAUUGACAACAUGGCAGGCGUCUUCUACAUGUUGGGGGCAGCCAUGGCUCUCAGCCUCAUCACCUUCAUCUGUGAACACCUUUUCUAUUGGCAGUUCCGGCAUUGCUUUAUGGGGGUCUGUUCUGGCAAGCCUGGCAUGGUCUUCUCCAUCAGCAGGGGUAUUUACAGCUGCAUCCAUGGAGUGGCUAUCGAGGAGCGCCAAUCUGUGAUGAAUUCCCCCACUGCGACGAUGAACAAUACGCACUCCAACAUCCUGCGUUUGCUCCGCACAGCCAAGAACAUGGCCAACCUGUCUGGCGUGAAUGGCUCCCCGCAGAGUGCCCUGGACUUCAUUCGCAGGGAGUCAUCUGUCUAUGACAUCUCUGAGCACCGCCGCAGCUUCACCCACUCGGACUGCAAAUCCUACAACAACCCGCCCUGCGAGGAAAACCUCUUCAGUGACUACAUCAGUGAAGUGGAGAGAACAUUUGGUAACCUGCAGCUGAAGGACAGCAACGUGUACCAGGACCACUAUCACCAUCACCACCGGCCUCACAGCAUCGGCAGCACCAGCUCCAUCGACGGGCUCUACGACUGUGACAACCCGCCCUUCACCACCCAGCCGAGGUCCAUCAGCAAGAAGCCGCUGGACAUCGGCCUGCCCUCCUCCAAACACAGCCAGCUGAGUGACUUGUACGGCAAGUUCUCCUUCAAGAGUGACCGCUACAGUGGCCACGAUGACUUGAUCCGCUCGGAUGUCUCUGACAUUUCCACGCACACAGUCACCUAUGGCAACAUCGAGGGCAAUGCGGCCAAGCGACGUAAGCAGCAGUACAAGGACAGUCUGAAGAAGCGGCCGGCCUCGGCCAAGUCCAGACGGGAGUUUGAUGAGAUCGAGCUGGCCUACCGUCGCCGACCGCCCCGCUCCCCUGACCACAAACGCUACUUCAGGGACAAGGAAGGGCUACGGGAUUUCUACUUGGACCAGUUUCGAACCAAGGAGAACUCGCCCCACUGGGAACACGUGGAUCUGACCGACAUCUACAAGGAGCGCAACGAUGACUUCAAGCGCGACUCCAUCAGUGGAGGAGGGCCCUGUGCCAACAGGUCUCACCUCAAGCAUGGGACAGGCGACAAACACGGUGUGGUCAGCGGGGUGCCAGCCCCUUGGGAGAAGAACCUGACCAACGUGGAUUGGGAGGACCGGUCCGGGGGCAACUUCUGCCGCAGCUGCCCCUCCAAACUGCACAACUACUCCACCACGGUGGCCGGGCAGAACUCGGGCCGGCAGGCGUGCAUCCGAUGCGAGGCCUGCAAGAAGGCGGGUAACCUGUACGACAUCAGCGAGGACAACUCCCUGCAGGAGCUGGACCAGCCGGCGGCCCCCGUGGCGGUGCCGCCCAAUGCUUCCACCACCAAGUAUCCCCAGAGCCCGACUAAUUCCAAGGCCCAGAAGAAGAACCGCAACAAACUGCGGCGGCAGCACUCCUACGACACCUUCGUGGACCUGCAGAAGGAAGAAGCCGCCUUGGCCCCGCGCAGCGUGAGCCUGAAAGACAAGGGCCGGUUCAUGGAUGGGAGCCCCUACGCCCACAUGUUUGAGAUGCCAGCUGGUGAGAGCACCUUUGCCAACAACAAGUCCUCAGUGCCCACUGCCGGACACCACCACCACAACAACCCCGGCAGCGGCUACAUGCUCAGCAAGUCGCUCUACCCUGACCGGGUCACGCAAAACCCUUUCAUCCCCACUUUUGGGGACGACCAGUGCUUGCUCCAUGGCAGCAAAUCCUACUUCUUCAGGCAGCCCACGGUGGCAGGUGCGUCGAAAGCCAGGCCGGACUUCCGGGCCCUUGUCACCAACAAGCCAGUGGUCUCGGCCCUGCACGGGGCUGUGCCAGGCCGUUUCCAGAAAGACAUCUGUAUAGGGAACCAGUCCAACCCCUGUGUGCCUAACAACAAAAACCCCAGGGCUUUCAAUGGCUCCAGCAAUGGGCAUGUUUAUGAGAAACUUUCUAGUAUUGAGUCUGAUGUCUGAGUGAGGGAAGAGAGAGGUUAAGCUUACAUGAAAGAAUAAUUCGUAUAACCCUGUUUGGAUAAAGCCUAUUGGAUGAAGCCAAAUAUGUGGAUGGAGCUUACAAAAUGGGCAAAGAAUUCUUAUCCCAGAGUUUCAACAUUGCGCCACUGAAGAGAAGUCUCCUGGGGAAAUUUGUAUGUCCAAUAACUUGCAACCUAAUCAAGAAAGUUGGUGGGUUUUUUGAGCUUUACCAACUCUUUUGAGCUUUUGUUGUCUUUCUCACAAUGAAAUAAGCCAUAGCAUCAUUGUUCUGUUCAAUAUCUUCUGCUCACCAAUAUGCUAGAGCUGCUUCUGCCUUCAGGGAGAUGAAUUAGAUCAAGAACAAAAUUACAAUCUUCUGGGCCAGUUACAAUGGUUGUCUGCUUUCCCUUUUUUUUCCCCAUUGCCACAUGGUGAAGAAAUCUACCUGGUUAUCACCAAACAUCCUAGUGGCAAAUUAUGGAAUGUGAAUUCAUGAAGAGUGAGUACAACCAGCAUGUUGCAUUUAAUCUUAAUGGGCUUUAAGUAUUGUAUUAUUUGUCUAAGAGCCACCUCUUCUUUGAGGCAUUUUCCUCUUCUGGCACUCGUGAUUCCAAGAUGAAUUUCGGUGGUUGGUGUGUGACAAAAAAGAUAUCUAUACUAGAAAAGUGUCUAAAAUACUUAAGCUUUUAGCCAUUCCAAAGUGGGUUUAAUAGCUGAGAAAAGCUUUCCCCAUUUCUUGCAUGGAAAUUCUUCCUCAUCUCCUAGCCUUUUGGUAGCUUUCCUGGUUUCCCUUCAAAGCUUUGUUUCCUGUCCCUGCCUUCUUUUCCUAUUAUGGAUGAGUAUGUUCCUUAAGCCUAAUUUUUAUCUAAACUGUUAUAUUGUUAAAAGAGGAUCAUAGUAAUAAUUUCUCAAGGUUUUAUCUUUUUUAACUUAAAAGGAUGGCUGGAGAAGGAAAAAAUUAUUAAGUAAGCAAACAAGACCCUGUUCCCAGAUGUUCCAACCCAAGGUCAAGUGCUGGGAUAGUGAGUGUGCCCCGUGAAAAAGCCCGUGGUGUUGCUCAGGGAGAAGGGUGUGCUCAGAAUAUUAAGCAACCUCUGUGAGAGUGUGCACAGGGGUUUUGGUCAAAAUGUCUGUUGUGCCUUUGUAAGCAUUUCUGGUCUCUCUCUCUCUCUCUCUCUCUCUCUCUCUCUGUCUCUCUCUCUCUCUCUCUCUGUCUCUCUCUCUCUCUCUCUCUAUCUCUCUCUGCUUUUCAAGGUAGAAUCUGUAUGAUAGAGAGAGAAUGCAUGGAUUUUAGUUCGAGUGUGGUAGUGACUUAAUACUAUCCUCAGCUCUCCUUGGUCCUAGGUUCAUAGGAAGCAAGUGUUUCUAAAUAUCUCAGGCACUGAGUCCUUGCAGUUAGCCUUUUUAAAACUAUUAAUGGAAUGUCCUUUUGUAACAAGAAAGAAAAAUUGGAUGGGAAAUAGAUUCAAUGACAAGCAGACAUCAAGCUUUGUUUUGAGGCAUGCUUUCUCUUCAUCAAAGUGAGGGGAAAUAUCUAGAAACAAAGUGGGGAGUCAGGAAACAAUAAUGGCUGCAUCUGGUUUACCUCUAGAACAUUUGUCACAACCCUUGAGGUCCCACAGAAGGAGAAAUUGGGCUGCCAUUGACUGCUCCAAAAUGAUACUGGGCUAACUUUAGAAAGAAAUAUGAGCGUUCCUUCAGGAAGACCCUGAUAAGUGAUGCAGCUUGACUCUUCAAAACUCAUCCACUGAACUUUUAGGGCAACUUCUCUAAAAUGAUUUCCAUUCUCCAGUCAAGAAUAUUCAGAUGAGAAGAGCUACAGUAUGAUUAAAUUUGUGUUAUAUUUACUUAAUUGGAGAAGCCAAGAGGCCCUGAGAAAACAGAUGCAAUAUAUCAGAGAAAUAGAGUGAGAUUAGCUGAAACUUUUUUUGGUACAAUUUUGAUAUGAUUUUGGACUACAAAGUUAAAUCACCUUUGAGAGAGAAAAUGCUUUAAAUAAAAUUACAUCUUCUCAUUCUCAGUGAAAACAUUGGGUUUCUAAUCUGAUUACUGUUUACUUCAGGAAAGAAAAUCGGUAGAUUUGAUUAUAAAUAAGCAUUUACAGAUUAAUUUAAUCCAAAUAUAUCAACAUGGAAUUUAUUGGCUCAGACGUGAUCUUUUUUUUUUUUUUUUUUUUUUUUUUUUUAUUUAAGAGGAAAAAGAGAAAAACACAAAACAAACCAAAGCGGCGUAAGGGUACACGCAAUACAGAACUACAAAAAAAACAAAACAAAACAAAACAAAACAAAACAAAAAAACAUAACAGUAAGAAAUCACCUGCUAGUAGAUUACACACUAUCUUCUUGAAAAUAGUUCCUCAAAUCACAGUAUCAAAGAACACAAGGUGGACAUUCAAACAGGGAGACUGCAAACAGCUGUGUUCAAUGUUCCAAAAACAUUGAUAAAGUCAGCUAUUUAACACCCCCAAACACACUUGCUGUUAUAUCCAUUAGAGCUCUUUUUCUUUUUUUUUUUUCCCUCUCUUUUUUACAACAAAAUUUACACAUCUUGGAUUUUAUUACUCCUUAGUGCUUAUUACUUUCUUUGGGGGGGGGGGGAAGAAUACAGUCAAAUAUGGCAAAACAAAGCUGUCAGUCAAUACCAAGGAUAGACAUAGUACAUGGUGUAGAACAGAGUACAAGUUUAUCAACAAUGGUUAUCAACGUUGUCCCUUGUUUCCUUAAAAAGAAUUGUCUAUCUUAUUAGAUAUUAUAAAGUUGGACAAAACAGUAGAGAACAAGACCAAUAAAACUUAGGCAUUGUAAACAUUACAGGACUUCCAAAGAAGACAAUAGUCAAACCAGAAUGAGUAUCUUAGUGAAUCUUAUUGUCUUCAAAGUAGUUGCCUAUGUCAGACGUGAUCUUUUAAACUACAAAGUACCAUUAAUGGGUGAUAGAUCAAAUGUUCUGAGCAAAUCAGGAAGGCUAAAACAUUAAGUAAUCUCAGAUACUGAGUCUAAAUUCUACUGUAACCAGAGGGAUUUGAGAGGAAUGCGACAAAGGAAGAAAGGGACAGAGAUCAACUGCUGAAUGAGAGUCUGAAUUGUUUAAAAAAAUAAUAAAUUCAAGGAUAAUGUUCACAUAGAAAAAGGAACAAGGAAAGUGAGCUCUGUACUUGCCUUUAGAAAUCUGGUUACUCAAAUUUAUUUGCUUUGGGGGAUUUUGGUUGCUUGGGUUUUCUUUAGUUUUUGGAUUUUGCUGUUUUGUUUGUUUCAUUUAGACUUACUGUACUCUUACUUUAGGUGGAUGUGACCUAUGGUUUCAGAGCCUGCUUGGAGAGAUGUCUUAUCCAUGCAAGGGUAUUAACUGAAUGGAAGCCUGUGCCAGUUUGUUUUAGAUGCUGAGGUACAAGCAUAAACAACACUGGAGUUUGGAUGACAGGAAACACAUGAAAUCUUAAGGAAAUACAUCUUUGUAGUAAGCUUAAGGUGUCUAUUAGAAAUCCAGGUAGAAAUGCCCAUUAGACAAUUGGCUGUUCAAACCAGGAGUUCUCAAAAGAGGGAGGGCCUAAAGAUGUACUUGGAAUCUGUAAGCAUUUUGAUAACAUUCGAAGCCAUGAGACUGGAUGUAGGGAAUUAAUGCAGAUGGAAUCAAAUUCAGAUUUACCUUGGGAGUAGUCACAGUCCCAGGAGAGGAAGUGCUAGCCCUAGCCAGAAUGGCCAGAGACAAAUCAACUGCCACCACUGAGUGAAAAGAAUCUUCCGGAAACAGAGCUCGUUCCACUGGUGAUCUGAAAGACAGUGUUUAGGGGACUGGAUGGAUAGAAAUAUAAAGGAGGUGGUUCAAAGGAGAGCUACAGGUGAGGAAGUGGUGCCAGCACACAUGAGCAAUCCUUCUUAGGAUUUGUGUUGUAAAAAGGACAUACAGACAGCAGUGAAGAACUAUGUGGAGCUCCAGGAGAAAUAAUUUUAAGAUGGGAGAAAUAGCUCACUUUAUGCUGUCCACUAGCAAGGGAAAGUGGCUGAUUCUUAGAGAGAGGGGACAAUUGCUGGAGUAAUAUCUUUGAUGUGGUCAAAUGGGAUUGAAUCCUAUGAGAUUGGUGUUUGGAGCCCAGCUAGGAGUUCUACGGGAAUAGAAGAGAGAUGCUAUAUUAAGUAUGUUCAUAAGUGUGGAAGUAUGCUUUUCUAAUUGAUGAUAUUUUUCAGUGUUGAACUGAAUGGAAUCCAUGAGUUAAGAGUUGGUAUUGGGGUACAAGCAGUGAAGCUUCAGAAGAGAAGCCACUAUACAUUAGGCAUGCCAUCACUGAACAUGAAGAAUGGAGAUAAGAAAAAAUGUAAGAGACAUGCUUAAGGUUGUUGGUUGUGAAUUUAAAGAUAUUUAAGAAAUAUUUUUCCAUUACACUCUUUGCAGAUAGAGAAUUAAGAUUAGUGUUUGGGUUUAACAAGUGAAUGCAGGGAAAGUAGUUGGAGUUGUGGAGUUAGGUUAAAUGCUGUGGAACAGUGAUCAUGAUGAGCCAUAGAAUCUAAGCAGGGGGAAGAAAACAGGAAUUUUAAGCAGUGUGAAACACUGAAGAAGCCUGGGUGGGGGGAGACUAAAAUAAAGGUAGGAGUUACCAAGUUAUUAACUUGGGGUCCCAGAAAGAGUAACCUAGAAAUUAGGAGCUGAGCCUGAAGCUGUGUACUUGGAGUUAGGAUGGUGGAGGAUUUGAGGUUAUUUAGAAAGAAGCUUUCUGGCAGCUGGUGUGGUGAGGUAGUGGGCUGAAUAAUGGAGGGCAAAGUUAUAGAAGGAGCAGAGCUCAAGGAACUGAGAGGCCAGGAUACAGGAAGAUAUUUUAUAUAACUUCUGCAGUCAACAAAAAUGUUAACUUGUGCAUGGUACAGGCGUAUGUUAUGACAGGAACUGGGGAGAGAAAUUCAAAAAUAUUUCAACUUUUGCAUCAAGAGAGGUCAAACAGCUAGUAUCUCCUGAUGUGUUUCCAGCCAGAUUUUACUGUGCGUGUGUGGCUUUUAAAGAGGGUGGGAGAUGGUCUGGAAAUCACAAGGAUGAACAAGGAAGGGACCUGUUCCAUCUCUAGGCUCCAUGAUCUGACAAAUGUAUGAGGAGAGAUGUCUGACAUUCAAGAUGGCUACAUUUGAGGGACCCUAGGAUGAGCCAGAAGUGUGAAAGAAGGUCAGGGUGGGUGACUGAUGGCAAACCAUGGGAAGGAUUUGGGAUUUAGUAAGGGAUAGGAAACAGGCUCAGAUAGGAGAUGUAUUUGAUUAUUUGGGGGGGGGGAGUCCUAGUGAUAAGAUAAAUUGUGAUGUGGGUUUCUUAUGUGCUAAGGAAGGUUCAUGGGUAUUCCAGGCAGGUUCUGAUGGAUUUUAUCCAGGUGAAGGGGAAGCCUACAAACACUGCACUUAGGGCUUUAUCAGCAGCAUGGAAAAUGCUAGUACCUCAUCUUCCAUUUGAUGUUUGCUUUUCUUAAAUUCCACCAAAAAUGCCACUGCCAUCUGUGAUGGGCAAGUUACCACAUAUGAUUAUAAAUGUCAUUAAGUGUGGUCCUGGGUUGACACUGUGUUUUGGUUAUUUAGCCUAGAAAGAACAAGUUUUCACAGUAAAUCUUGUCUUUUUCUAUUUUAAAGGCUUCUACGUAAGUUGGUCUCCAUAGCGAAUCAUAAUUCUUUGUUUUUAUUUACCUUACUCCUUGUUCAUCUUUUAAAAAACACUAAAGGAUUGGAAAACAGCUUUGCUUCUGCCCAGUUUUUCUGAAAGCUUCUUCUGACUGGUCAUUUUUAUUCAGUAUUUUCUUUUGUAAGAGACAGGAGCAGUGAGACAGGAGCAACAGAAAAUGAAGUCUCCAAACCCUUUGGGACAGAGUUUUAGAUGAUCAGGAGAGGGUUUAGGGAAGAAAGGAUUUUUGAGUAUAUCUGGAAGAAAAGGGAACAAAUGAAGACUUCAGGGGAACUGCUGGAAAAAAAAUAAAAAAUUUGGUCAAGGGAGGCAAGGAGAAAAAGGUCCACUGUGUAGGCAUUUGGAGAUUUAGCAAGAGCAAACUAGAUUCUACCCCAGGCACAUUCCACAUAUUUCUGACACAAAUGAUGGGCUGAUUCUGCUUCAUUUCCUGCACCCUUAGAAAUCAUAAUUUGCAAAGAGACAGAACUUGUUCAGCUAUUCUUUGUGGACUAGUUUCCCAAACCCCACAGAAUAUUGAACAGGGCAUGAAUGAGAUCACAGUACCUCUGCUGCUACUGGUUCAGCUUCUCUGCCCACACCAACCUUCCAAGUUUCCUCUUCAGUGUAGUCAUAUCCUGCCUAGCACUUCCCCACCAAGAAGCUGGUGUUCGUGCUGACAUAUCUAAUGCCCUGUCUUGAGUUCCUUGUUGAAAGAGUAUUACAACCAACUCAAGGGCUUAUACCAUGCUUUAGGCACCAAGAACCCACUGAAGUCCAUUUAGGAAGGCAGAGGGAAGCAAAAGAAUCCAGAGAUGAUGUAGAUAUGACUUCUCUUUGCUUUCUGACCUGCAGGAACCCAACCUUUCAAAAGCAAGCAGAAAACACCAUGGUAUCUAUUUACCUGAUACUUCCCUUGCUUCAUACUGUCUCCCACUGGGCUAAUUGAGCAUAACUAUUAGUAUUUGUGUGAAGUGGAAGCAAAAAUGAUACAAGAGAGAGAAUCUUCAUCAGAGCUGUGUGACCGAGUGACCAUCUCAGCAUUUAUAUUUCCAAGUAGCCCUAAGGUACAUGGGAGCUUCUUAAGGGAGCUAGUUGGUAUCUGACAAUGGAACUCAGAGAAGAGACAGGAGAGGGCAAGGAGAUUUGUCCCUACGGUCAUCUCUUUUCCUCCACUUGACAGGAGCCAUUGCUCCAGUGGUGUCACGAUGCCACUCAGCCACAGUGACUGAUACGUGUUUGGGUGUGUGCCUGUGUGCGUGCAUGUGUGUGUGAGUGUGAGGGGGUGAUGGUGGAAGCCAAAUACACAUCCACAGUGGGUUGGAUUGUAUUCACGAAGCCGCACCCUCCCAAAGUCAUAUAAUGGAGGGGAAAUUGUCACAGCUUUCCCCUUGUGGAGUCCCCUUGCCCAGGGAAAGCACAGACGACUCAGGCUUGCCUCCACUCUGUGAGGCCCCGAGCCCAACCUCCUCCCCGGGGGCUGGCUCGCCUUCCUCUUGACUCUCAGAUCUCCAGCCCAUCCACCUCCAAGUUCUUUUUUUUUGUUUGUUUGUUUUGUUUUUUGUUUUGUGUAAAUAUAUAUUUCUUAUUUUGGACAUGCAGGGAUCAAUUGAGAUUCUCGAGUGGGGGGAGGGGCGGAUGACUGGGUCUUUUAAUUUUUUCCUUUCUCUCUUGGAUUUUGGUGUUUGAACUUGAAAAAAUACUUACAAGUAUAUAUAUAAGCAAAUGACUUACCUUUAAAAAAGAAAUAAGUUGAUUUCAUUCUUUUGAUUUAUCUUGUUUCUCAUUGGGGUUGGGUGGGGGUGGGGGGUCUUUUGGGUGGAGGGCUUUUUUGUGAGCUGUAUAGAUUUCCAGUUUGGACUUGUUCAAAUGAUGCAGGAACAAAAAUCAAAAUGAAUUUAAAAAAAGACAACAUAAAAACAAGAAAAACUUUGUGAUGUAUAAAAGCUGUAAAUAGUCAAAGAUUCUUUCUCUUUUCUAAUGGCAAAUUAUUUCUGUCACUUUAUAUUCAAAAAAUAAAGAAACCUACCACAAA